AAUAACUUACAGGUGUCUUUAUAUGUAAGUGCAUAAGCAUUCUUUAGACAACAGUGAUUCUGUAUGAAUUUUAAAGCAUUGUUUUGUGUGUGUUUGUGCGUCCAUGUACAUAAGUAUAUGCGUGUCUAAAUACGUACGUGUGUUUGUGUAUAAGCUAGACGUGAACAUUUAAACUUUUGCCAUUAACUGCUCCAACUUUAUAUCCGCUGUGUUAGUAUACCAUCUCUGCCUGCUUAACUGAGUUGGACUUGGACUAUUGUUGAUUCGUAUCGACAGUUUUCACUGGAUUUUUCAUUUAAUUCCGACCAUUAAACAGUCAUCGAUAUUAAAAUUAUGUUGCAACGUAUUGAUCAACUUAAAAACAUCUAUGAGAUCCUGUGACAAGAAUAUUUGCCAAUAGAAUAAAGAAAAGUUUUAUCCUAGACGUAGAGGAGAGAAAAGUGAUCAACGCUUAGCGAAGAAAACUUAGUAUAACGAUUGAUUUCAGUACAACAACAAGUUUCAAUCAAACCGACAAACUGUCGACAUUAUCGAUAAGAAACUUUUCGGCAAAUAUGCUGAACAAUCUUGGGGCCAAUGUAUUAGGUCCCAAGGAUUGUGAUAUACCGAAGGCGGCAUUGUCGGCUUUGCAUGCCGGCGUCAAUAGCUUCGGUCAGCUAACGAGUGUCGCCAACCAUCCGACGGCGGAGAUUUCUCUAAAUGGUUCUGGAGCCCGUUUGCAUGUCUCCGCUAAUUUAUGUGAAACCACAAAUCCCAUUAAUAACAAUAAUAACGGCGGUGGCGGUGGCGGUGGCGGCAAUCACAAUAACCAGAAUAAUAACAACAAUAAUAACAACGUUAGCCAUAAUAGCAAUAACAAUAUGCAACAACAGGAUCAGGGUUUCUAUUCAUUGCAGAAUUGCGAUAAAAACACUAAACAGAAACGGCAUCGUACACGAUUCACUCCAGCGCAAUUAAAUGAGUUGGAAAGAUGUUUUUCAAAAACCCAUUAUCCCGAUAUAUUUAUGCGCGAAGAGAUUGCCAUGCGUAUCGGUUUAACCGAAUCGAGAGUACAGGUGUGGUUUCAAAAUCGUCGAGCCAAAUGGAAGAAACGCAAGAAGACUACUAAUGUCUUUCGUACACCCGGAGCUUUACUGCCCUCUCACGGUUUACCGCCAUUCGGAGCAAAUAUCACGAAUAUAGCUAUGGGUGAAAGUUUAUGUGGGACCGGUAUGUUCGGCGGUGAUCGCUGGAGUGUUGGCGUUAAUCCCAUGACAGCCGGUUUUGGUCAAUUAAAUCAAUCUUCUACGCUUUCAUCUUCAUUAAAUAGUGGUUUAAAUUCUGGUAUAAAUUUAGGUUCCGCCAUGGGUGCUGGUAGUUAUCAACAUUAUGGAUUAAAUGCGUUAGGAGAUUCCAUGAUGUAUCAGCAUAGUGUUGGUGGCGGUGGAGUGGGUUGUGUAGGAAAUGGCUCACCUACUGCUACUACACCGCCAAAUAUAAAUUCUUGUUCUUCAGUGACACCGCCACUGUCCAACCAACCGAAUACUAGUCAAAAUGAAAUGAAUGGUGAAAUGAGCGCUCAACCUCAUCAUCAGCAACAACCACCGCCGCCUCAAAAUAACCCUCAACAACAGCAAAGUCACCAGCAUGAAACGAAAUAUCAUCAUCAAACUCAACAACAACAACAGCAGCAGCAACAGCAAACAUCACAACAGCAACAACAUCACACAGAUACUAGUACUGAUGGUAAUAUUAAUAAUCAAGUAUCUGCCGGUCAUCAACAAUUGUUACCGCACUGUCAUCAAUCGAUGCAAUCGCCGACAGAUGGCUCUAAUGAAGAUGAUGUCUGGCGCGGUCAUAGUAUUGCGGCUUUGAGGAGAAGAGCUUCCGAAUUGAAUGCCACCGCCUCUAUACCGUCGUACUUACAUCAUGCCGCAGCCGCUCAUAAUAGUUACGAACAUCAUAACUCGGUCUACUGAAAUUUAUUGAAAAGCUUUGAGAGCUUUUCCGACUAUGGGUUUCCGAACCAUGACUUUUAAAAAAAGAAAGCAAAAAGAGAAACAAAAAACAAAAGUCUCACGAAUAAUUAUACCCAAAGGAAUUAUAAAUAUAGAAAAAGCCACCGGGGCUUGAAAAAUAGAAGAUAAAAGCCCUGUAGAUAACUAGCAAAAUACUUUGAAAGAUUUUUUUUUUUUUUUUUAUUAAAACUGUUCUCAACUAAUCCAUAAUCCAUAAAAUACAAUGAAUUUGGUUAGUGUUCCCGUGCAAAAGCUUUUAAAGACUAUUCGU